CUGGGGGUGUCGGUGUGCUCCACCCUGUGUGACGUUGGGGGGAUAAUCUCUCCCUUCCUGCUCUACCGGCUGGCCGCCGUCUGGCUGGAGCUGCCUCUGCUGAUCUUUGGGGCGGUGGCGCUCGUGGCCGGAGGUCUGGUCCUGCUCCUGCCGGAGACUAAAGGAAAACCUCUCCCCGACACCAUCGAGGACGUCGAGUUCCCCGAUCGGUAUCUUCAAACUCACACACUCCGAACUGUUCCAAUCACAUAA